GUAGGAGUGUCUUCGCCGGAGAAGGAGAAGGGGGGAAAAGCACAAAACAAAAACAAGAACCAAAAAAGGUCGGCCGGUUUGUGUGUUUCGUGUUCAGACAUAGACAACAAUACGAUCCACUGCCUUAUCUUAUGUUUGAUUUGCUUUUGGUUGCUCUUAUCGAAAACGUUUGAUAAACAGAAUCAAGAAACACGUUGAUAACAUUUUUGAAACUUCGGUUUGGUGUAGUAUAUUAUAUUUAUUCCAUCGUUAUACUAGUCAAUAGUCAUCGGGUAUUGGCCAUUUCCCCCGCUUCAUUUAUCUCUCCGCCACCGCCCAACCAUCAAUCAGUCCUUGGGAGAAACAAAGCAAACAUGGAGCUCAAGCCGCGACUUUCUGCCAUCAUCACUGGCGGCGCCUCUGGAAUUGGUAAAGCUCUGAGCUUGGCACUGGCUCAGAAAGGAAUGUUCGUCACGAUCAUUGACUUUUCCGAAGACAAGGGAAAAGAGGUUGCAUCCCUGGCUGAAAAAGAGUCUGCCAAGUUUCACGCCAAUUUGGAUUUUCCAUUAGCCACGUUUAUCAAAUGCGACGUCACUAAUUCCGGGGAUUUGGCUGCUGCAUUUGAGAAGCAUGUGACAACUUAUGGAGGAUUGGAUGUCUGCAUAAAUAGUGCCGGUAUAGCUAAUCCUGUGCCGUUCAAUAAGGACCAAACUGAUGGUUCCAAAUCUUGGAAGCUGACUAUUAACGUCAACCUUGCUGCUGUCAUUGACUGCACCCACUUUGCGAUUAAAAUUAUGCGAGCUGCACGAAAGCCGGGUGUCAUCAUAAAUAUAGGCUCUGCUUCAGGGCUUUAUCCAGCGUACCAUGACCCUAUCUACUCUGCCUCAAAAGGUGGUGUGGUUCUAUUUAGUAGAUCACUGGCUCCAUAUAAGCGUGAAGGAAUCCGUGUUAAUGUGCUUUGCCCUGAGUUUGUGCUAACUGACUUGGCUGCCAAGGUGGAUCCUAAAUUUAUUGAUCUAGUGGGAGGCUAUGUGCCAAUGCAAAUGGUAGUCAAAGGUGUUUUUGAGCUUAUUAAUGAUGAGAGUAAAUCUGGGGCAUGUUUAUGGAUCACUAAUCGGAGAGGAAUGGAGUACUGGCCAUCUCCUCAAGAGGAAGCAAAGUUCCUUGUGUCUUCUUCAAAAUCAAGAAGAUCAUCUUCAUCUGUGGUACUAUCAAAUGUUCAAGUUCCACAAAAUUUUGAGAAGAUAGUGGUUCACACACUCAGUCACAAAUUUCGUACUGCAACAAGUAUAGUGCGGACCUCGCUGUCUUUACCAAUCAAAUCGGACCAUGUGCUUUUAAAAGUCAUUUAUGCUGGCGUUAAUGCUAGUGAUGUGAAUUUUAGUUCAGGUAGUUAUUUCAGCGGCAGCAAGAAGGACAUUGCCUCUCGUCUCCCAUUUGAUGCUGGAUUUGAGGCUGUUGGGAUAGUUGCUGCAGUUGGUGACUCUGUGAAAAAUCUGAAAGUUGGAACUCCUGCUGCUAUUAUGACUUUCGGAAGCUAUGCUGAAUAUACGAUGGUACAUUCGAAGCACAUUCUUCCUGUUCCAAGACCAGAUCCUGAAGUUGUUGCCAUGCUUACAUCAGGACUGACAGCCUCGAUUGCUUUGGAAAAGGCUGCACAAAUGGACUCGGGAAAAGUAGUUCUCGUGACUGCUGCUGCUGGAGGGACUGGGCAGUUUGCAGUUCAGCUUGCAAAAUUAGCUGGAAAUACUGUUGUUGCAACUUGUGGAGGUAAAGAAAAGGCUACACUUUUGAGGGAAUUGGGAGUUGAUCGAGUCAUCGACUACAAAAAAGAAGAUAUAAAAACAGUCUUGAAGAAUGAAUUCCCUAAGGGUGUUGACAUUGUAUACGAGUCUGUUGGUGGUCAAAUGUUCGAUCUAUGCUUGAAUGCAUUGGCAAUCUACGGAAAACUUGUAGUGAUUGGAAUGAUCUCCCAGUAUCAAGGGGAAGAUGGAUGGAAGCCAUUAAAUUACACUGGGUUAUGCGAAAAGCUUCUAGCAAAAAGUCAAACUGUGGCUGGAUUUUUCUUGGUACAAUAUGCUCAUUUUUGGCAAGAGCAUCUCGACAGGCUGUUCCAUCUCUUCUCUGUGGGAAAGCUCAAGGUUGCUAUAGACCCAAAAAGAUUCCUAGGCCUUCAAUCAGUUGCUGAUGCUGUGGAGUAUCUCCAUUCUGGCAAAAGUACUGGCAAGGUGGUGGUUUGCGUCGACCCGAAAUACUGCGAACAAGUGUCAAAAUUAUGAGGGCAAGCAUCCAGAGGGAGCAAGUCUUGUAGACCUUUGUGAAAAAAAAUUAAAUAAUUGGAUGCGAUUCAACUAGUAAGUGCCCCUAUAAUAAUAUAAACUAAGUGUGAUUGACUCUUGCCCACAGUUAUCUGUUAAACAAGCACCACGUUCCUUUGUUAAUCAUUUUUAUACUCCGUCCUCUCUUCCGUCCUAUUGAUAUUGUAUCACAUGUAUCUGGUUGGGUUGUACAAAGAAGCGUUUCUUUGUUUUUCUCAA